AGGGCAGAUUACAGUACUGGACACUGGAGGGUACCUGCCUCCUCCUCUGAGCAGAAAGUUGUAUUGUGCCCAUGAGUGGCCCUCACACCCAAUCCAACAAGAAUUUCCUAACCUUGGCCUUUUAUCACCUCCUACAACAUAGGGCCCUUACUAGAAUCAGAGCUAGAAAGGACGGGUGAUGAGGGUGUCAUGGAGUCCAACUAGAAUGAAGGAUUACCUUUACUCCACAGCUAACAAACAUUUAGUAAGCAUGUAAGGGCACACCCCCCUCUCCCUCCAGCAAUUGGUAAUUCUCCCACAAUUUGAGCCCCUUCCAUCGGGAACCGGAACCUCUGCAGAUUUAGACCAGGGUGGCCCAAUCUGGUCACCUGGUGACUGGUACGCUUUUGAAAUGGGGUGGGUAUUGGGGAACCCUCGGACUUGGGGCCCACCUCCACGCACCUGUCACGUGCGCCCCGGGGCUCGGCAAGGCGGUUGGCCAUCGUCUGCGCCGCCCCUCCCCCACCCUCGAACGUAGGAAGGGUGGAGCACCUGCGGGGCCUACUACCCCCGGAAGGCUGGCACUGUGGGAGGCCUGGGCUAGAGGAGGGUCUGGUGGACGCCAGCAUCCCGCACGGCCUCAGGCUGACACUUCACCUUCCUUUUAUAAUUGUUUUCAUUGCAACUUCACUCAAGUGAAUCGGUUUUUCAGAUACUGGUUCCAAGGGUUUUCUGUAAGUCAAAUGAGCAGGUGCUAAUGGAACAGCGGACACCUGGCCAGUGUCCUGUGGGCAGUAGCCCAAUGUGCAGCCUUCCCAGAUCUAUCAGUUAACAUAGAAUCCCUGAACACUUCAGCAUACCUUCUUCUAACUACAAUGUGAACAAUCUCCAUCACUUUACUUCCUUGAGCAGAAGUGUGUGGCAGCUGUAACCUUUGAUAGAACUUCUACAACAUAUUGAUAGUUAUUGUACCCAGAGCCUGUGGAAACCUUCAGAGCAACAACAUGAGCAAGAAAAUUGCAUUUCGCUGGUACUUUGGGGGACUGGCUUCUGCUGGAGCCACUUGUGUGACCCAUCCACUGGAUCUGAUUAAGGUCCAUCUUCAAACUCAACACAAAGCAAAUAUUGGCUUUGCUGGCAUGGCAGUGAGAGUGAUUAGCGUCAGUGGCUUCAUGGCACUUUACAGUGGGCUCUCUGCUUCACUAUGUAGACAGCUGACAUAUUCUGUGACUCGCUUUGCCAUCUAUCACUCACUGCGGGACCAUAUAAUACAUGGCAAGAAAAGGCACCUCCCCUUCUAUCAGAAGGUGUAUCUGGCAGCCCUGGGAGGUUUCAUUGGAGGGUUUGUGGGGACCCCAGCAGAUGUGGUGAAUGUUAGGAUGCAGAAUGAUGUGAAGAUGCCAGUGCACAUGAGGAGAAAUUAUUCCCAUGUGCUGAAUGGAUUCACUCGUAUAAUUCAGGAAGAGGGGUUUUCGACAUUAUUCUCCGGGGCUACUCUGGCAUCAAGUCGAGGGGCUUUGAUGACGGUGGGACAGGCAUCCUUCUAUGAUGAGAUCAAGCAAUUGGUGCUCACCUGGCAAAUUUCCUCAGACAGUCUCAGCACCCAUGUUAUGGCCAGUUUCAUUGCUGGUUUAUGUGCCACAUUCCUCUGUCAGCCCUUGGAUGUGCUCAAGACUCGAAUGAUGAAUGCACAGGAUUAUGAUGGUAUCAUUCAUUGUGCAUCAGAGACAGCCAAAUUGGGACCUUUGGCUUUUUACAAGGGAAUGUUCCCUGCUGCUAUUCGCCUGAUACCACAUACCGUUUUAACCUUUGUCUUCUUGGAGCAACUUCGAUUAAACUUUGGCAUUCCAGUGAAAAGUGAUUUGGGUCAAGAUUGAGGUUCAGCAGAGCUUUUGGACCCAAGUGUGGCAAAAAUUCCAUCGAAAAGACCAAGGGGGUCCUUGGAUACUUCUGACGUUGCCAUUUCAGGAUGUAAAGAAGGUCAUUGACCUGCAUGAUUUCCCAUGUUCUUGGCUUAUGCACUCCAUUGGUAUACAAGGACACUAUUACAGUCUUUUAGGGGAAUCUGUGGUGUCUGUUGAUCCUUCUCCCCUUCUCUCCCUCCUCAACCUACUUAUCUACUCACGUGAGCCUUUGUAAGCCAAAGUUCCGUGUAACCUAGGGUGCCUGUGAUAUAGACCAGAGAACAAUAUCAUAUUCUGAUGUAAAAAGGUUGAUUGAUUUCUGGUAGUCCAGAGUCAAUAAUAGAGAUAAGUUGGUUCUCAAAAAUAUGGUCUGCCCUGGGGACUUGGUAGAGGGUGCUCUUAACUUGCCCUUCUUAAUGCCUUUUUUCUCCCCCACUCCACCCCAUCUUCAGCUUGAGUUUCUGCUGCCCUCAGAGGUUGUGAAAAUUGAAUCUUGGCUGCCAUGAUUGGUCUCAUCACAGUUACAGCAUAUUCAGAGCUGCCUUUGAUCUGGAGGCAAAAAGUGUGAACAUAUUUGGGUAAUGGGUAGGGGCAGAGAUAGAUGGAGAAGGGGGAAUGCAAAACUCAGAAUUGUUUGAAUUUUAAAUACUCACCUAUGACAUUUGAACCACUUUCAUUCUGUAUAUUCUACCAUUAAAUAUAUUUUUCUCCAA